CAGGUCGUAGUAUUCAGACUGUAUCAGUUCAGCUUUCAGUCAACAUUAAAUAAUAUUUUAAUGUAAAAAAAGUAAAUUGAUAAAAUGCAGUCUAUAAGGAAAGUGUUGAAAGUGUGGCGUAAAUUUGUAUCAUUCCUAAAAUCUUGCCGCGAUGCGUUGACAGUGGAGGAGCGUACUCCAAAGUCAAAGAAACCGAGGCGUCCGAUGACUGCCCAAAUGGUUCGCAACAAGCGUAAGAAGGAAAAGAAGCGUUCAAAGAUGGCGAAAACUGCUCCGAAAACGAAGCGCACCCAAACAGACCCACGCGCUGAGGUCCUUUGGCUGCAGCAACUGAUGCAAUCUUCCCGGAAGAAGCACAAAUUUCGCAGGGGUGCGCGUUUGGCGCUGAAACUACACCUUAUUCUGUUGAUGGCGGUCCUCACAUUUGGGGUCGUCAACAACAUUGGCGUCUGGAUCGAAGUUGUUGCACACCUCUUUAAUUACACGGAGUAGACGACCUUAGUUCAUAUACACACUUUACACACUUUAGGGUAGAGGUAUAGGUACAAUAGGUACAGGUAUAGGUAUAGGUAUAGAUAUAGGUAGAUGUAGAGGUAUAGGUAUGGGUAUGGGUAUAGGUAUAGGUAUAGGUAAGUUAUAGGCUAUAGGUAGAGUUAUAGAUAUAGGUAUAGGUAUAGGUAUAGGUAUAGGUAUAGGUAUAGGCAUGGGUAUGGAUAUGGGUAUGGGUAUGGAUAUGGGCAUGGAUGGGGUAUUAGGGCAUGGGUAUAGGUGUAGUUACAUAUACAUAUAGAUAGGUACAUAUAGACAGAUAUAUACGAUAGACUUUAGGCAAUAAUUCGUACAUCUUAGUAUUUCAUCGUAUUUUAUAAUAUUAUUGAAAAUAUUAGUUUAUUUAUUUAUGGUUAGGGCAUAAGUGCUAUCAAAAUUUUUAGUUAAUCUAGCUUUUAAAUCAUCAUAUCAAUCAUAGCCAAUCAUUUUGAUACACUUCAGACAGGAAACAAGGUAAAUUUUAGUUGGUAUACAUAUAGGCGAUACAUUCUUCUAUAUUUUAGGCAAUAGACACAAUAGAAUAAUCUUAGUUUAUAUAGCCUGGAUUUCUUUUCAGGCUGUAAUUGGAAAUUCAAGUCUUAGUUUAUAUAGCUAAACAUCCUGUUGUACCUCAGACAGGCAACUGAGGGAAAAUUUGGAUUACUUUUUAUAUAUAUGGUGGAAUGUAUGGCUGUAGUUCAGUAUUGGAAGAGUCAUUCAUAUUAGGACAUAUCUAUGCAUUCUUUUUGGCUAGUAAUUGUGGGAUAAAAUCUUAGUUUCUAUACAAAACCUUAACUCUCAUUCAUAUACAUUUGAGUAGGUCAUCCUGCUAGUUUUUUUGUUUUGUUUGUUGUUUGUGGGGCAUAACAUUUCCUUCGGUUUAUUUAUGUUUUGAGUUUUGCUUAUUCAAGUUGUCUUAAACUGAUUUCAUGUCAAUUCUGUGGCGAAGAAUGAUCGAAAUAAAAUAUAAAAGACAACAACCAAAUGAA